AUGAGACUUUCCCUUCGAGACUUGAUUGGUUUGGGAGCAAAAGUUCCUGGUUUGGAUUUUCGGCUGUACCAAGAAUCCAGUUUAAGAACUCUCUUUUAUAGAGACAGCGUUAUUGUGAAAAAUUAUGUAAUUUAUAAAAAUGAGCCAUGGAAAGCAGUUGAACAAAAAUUCCCUGUUAAAGAUGGUAAUCCAUACUGUUUAUCAUGUUAUGGAAAAUUAUUUGCAUUAAAAUGUGCUGCUUGUACAAAACCCAUAACUGGUGGGAUAGAUGUAACUAUUAAUAGUAUGAAAUGUUAUGGUGGUAAACGGCAAACAGUAAAAUUUGGUAAGAGGGAAAUAGACGAUACUUCCACCUGUAUAACAAUAUCAAAUUUAACCAAUUAUAUUGGUAUUCCUGGUCUUUAUGGUGGAUUUACAAUUGAAUUUCAAAAACAAAUUGAUAAAGAACAACUGAAGCUAAUAAAUAUAGAAGAAUUGUGUCAAUGUAAUAUCUGUUUAUCAAUAAAAAAUUAUCAACUGAUUGACUCUUCCAUUAUCGAUUUGGAUGAAUUUAAAAAAUGGUCUUUAAUAACAAGUAGUUGGAGUCGCAUGGCACAGGGUAGUGCAGAGACACAUAAAAUUAACUCAAAUGAAUAUCUUCUAUUAGAUCAAGAUUUUGUUUAA